AUAAAAGCAGAAUGCUGCAGCAAAAUAGUAUUCCACUAUCAAACAGAGACUCAGAGGAUUAGACGAAAUGAUGGCUUCACUAUUGUUAUGGAGUUUGUACUUGUUCCUAAGUGUACUAUCUCAUGCUACUGCACAAGAAAUAAUUCAAGUUUCCUUUGAAUUUGAGGUCGAACACGUUGUCAUCAAUGGCAAUGGAGCCGUUGCUCGCUGCACGGUAACUGGCUACGACUCAUCACUGAACACUAUCUCUUCCUUCAUCUGGAAACACAACAAUACAAUCAUAGACCUAAGCAGCAGCACUAGGCACAGCGAGUCUGGGAGCGAAAGAACGAAGAGGUUGGAUAUUACUUCACUGAUGUUCAAUGAUGCAGGGAGCUACAGUUGCAUUGUUGAAUUUGUUAAUCUUCAGCAAGUAUCAUCUACUACAGAUACACUUCGAAUUGGAACUGAGAUUACAGUGGAAGCUGAAUCCCCCCAGUAUGCUGUAGCUGGUCAGACCGGAGAGCUGAGAUGCACUGCACAAUCUUCUCCCUCACCAAGCAUCAAUUGGUACAGAGUUGAAAGUGAUACCCUCCUCUUGCAACAGUUUGACUCAACUGCCAGUGAUUUUGGCGUGUAUCGAAUUUCCAACGUGCAGACAGAUGAUGCUGGCCUCUACAAAUGUCGAGGAUCGUACAGCUUUGGGAGCGAGGAGAAAGAAAUUCAACUAAUUGUUCUAAAUCGACCGACUGUCACUGGAACACAGUUUGAUGAAACAGUAAUGGUGGGAGCUACUUUCAACCUCUCCUGCACUGUCAAUGAUGAUGCAACUACAGCUGUUCACCGUUUGAAUCACUCGUGGACGUUCACACCGCACGACUCUACAGAGAGUGCACGGUUAACUGGAACUCGAUACAGUAUCGAUGCUACUAGUGGUAGCCUAACUGUAACGGGAGCUUCGUACGAUGAUGCUGGUGUGUACUCAUGCGAAGUCAGUAAUGCAGCAGGAAAUGAUACGCAAAACAACAUGGUUUCUAUUGAAGGGGCGCCCUUCAUCACCUUGGAGACUGGACUAAUCACGCAGGGAGUCAGCAGUACUGCCAGUAAAGUGUAUCUUGACUGUCCAUUCAUUGGAAACCCCAGUCCAACCGUAGCUUGGUACGAUGGUGAGAGACUGAUUGCCGAAGACUCGAAAUAUCGGAUUCAUGAAAAUGGAACGUUAGAGAUAUCGGACUAUAAUGUUUUAGAUACUGUGACUUAUCGCUGUGAAGUAAACAACGAACAUGGGAUGGACGAUCGUAACUAUGAUUUCCAACUAUGGGAAAUCUCAUCGGAACCUAGCAACCUGGUGCUGACAAUUGACCCCAACGAUGACAGGACAGUGACACUGACUUGGAACGCGCCAACGGAGAUGUCUGGGUCGAUAUCGUUUAACAGCGCUGAGUUUUACGUCGUUGAGCAAAGCAUAAAUAACGAAGAGUAUGCCCAGGUUGAAACUGUCCCCUCCACCUCUGUUACCCUGUCGGAACUGUUGCCUGGGGAGACCCACACCUUCCGAGUGAUGGCUGGGAACAUUGCUGGACUCAGUACUCCCUCCGUUACUGUCACACACACACCAGCUCCAAGGGAGCCGAGUCUGUCCCUGUUCCAAGUCACACCCCUUCUCGAUGGGCGUUCAAUGCUGGUCAGCUGGGAACUGGAGUUUGAUGGAGGAUCUGACAUUACUUCCUUCAGCAUUCAGGUUCUGCUAAAUGGAGACCCCUUCAUCAUUUUGUCAGUGGAUGUGUCAGACGGGGAGCUAACUAUAGUAAAUCUUGAUCCUGAUACGGAGUACACAGUCAGUGCACUACUCAUCAAUGCUGUCGGACCAACCACCGCGCAAGAGACAUUGGCUACUUUACCAGCUCUUCCCAGUCCGCCAUCUUUAUUGACAGUAACUCAUUCCAGUGGCUACCACACUAUCAGCUUCUCUAUCAAGAAAGGCUCAAGUCCCAUAACACAUUUCAUCAUCAACUAUACUCAAUCUGCUGUCCUCACCUCACCUGAACAACUUGUAAUCGCUAGCAAUGACUCGAACUCUGUUAUCUCCAUGGAGGGGAAUGGUACCAGUGGUGUUGAUACUGAGCACAGUGUUGUGUUGAAGCUAGCUGGACUGGAGAAGAGUGCGGAGGUUAGAGUGGCUGGGAGGAGUGAGCUGGGAGAUGGACCGUUUAGCGAAGUGGGGAUGAUUGAGAGCAAAGAGCAUGUCAUUUAUGUCAUCAUUGCUGCGGUGGUGGGAGGAAUGCUGCUUGUUGUCACGGUGAUAUUGACGGCAGUGAUCAUAGCAGUUUGUAGGAAAAAGUGCAACAGAGGAAGGAAAAUUGCUAUCACUGCUCGUGGAAUACGACCAUCUUCACUUGACUUGGAAAACGGCAUAGAUUCAUUUGCACUCAAGAGUCCCCCUAAUGGUCGUAGAGCCGGCUCGUUUGUACGUUCCCCCCCAUUAACCCCCUCGACGACGAGGGAAGGCAUUUCCUCUCCCCUCUACUCCAACUCUCUUUCUUCUUCCGUAACAAAACUGAACACUCAAAACAGCGUCAGUGGCUCUAAUCUCGACACAGUCGUGGACAUGCAUAAUGAUAGCUUAACCAUCAAGAUUAGUGACUUUCACUCAAGUAGCAAGUCGAUACCCCACAACUACAGUCCCCCUGAGGGGAACAAUAGACAGCACCUGUGUCUACAGACCAGCUUGAGUGGUGACCGUAACGACGUCCGGUCUGUCGUGUCAGAGAAUCACCUACUAGUGAUACCUAACAACUCAAACGAUAGCACCCUAUCAAAGAGCACACCAAUGAUGAACAGAUUAUCAUGUGACAGUGUGUUGGAUACAAUGCCUACAAGCUACAUGACCGACGUUUAGGCUCAUUACUUACCAAUUGUACUCAUAGAUGUGUUUUAAUAUGCUGUUUUCUGUUUGAAGUAAUUUGCAUUUAUGUGUGAACUAUGUUCAGUUGCCUCAAAAUAAUGCCACAAAAAUUAAGGCAUCAUGAUUCAUAUACACGAGUUUUUCAUUUGAACACAUAAUUAAAACUGAUCAAUUAAAUGA